GCUAGUACCAUAGAGGUUAAAUUCGAAAUGGCUGAUACAUUGACAGAAGAGCAAAAUGCAGAAUUUAAAGAGGCUUUCAAUCUGUUUGACAAGGAUGGUGACGGAACAAUCACAACAAAGGAGUUGGGAACAGUCAUGAGGUCUUUGGGCCAGAACCCAACAAAGGUUCAGUUACAGGACAUGAUCAAUGAGGUUGAUGUAGAUGGAAACGGAAAGAUAGAUUUCUCAGAAUUUCUCACUAUGAUGGCGAACAAAAUGAACAAAAACGACACCGAAGACGAAAUUCGCGAGGCUUUCAGAGUUUUUGAUAAAGAUGGCAAUGGUUAUAUCAGUGCUGCUGAACUUAGACAUGUAAUGACAAAUCUAGGAGAGAAGCUUACAGAUGAAGAAGUUGAUGAAAUGAUUAGAGAGGCAGAUGCUGAUGGUGAUGGCCAAGUCAAUUAUGAAGAAUUUGUGAAAAUGAUGGAGUCUAAAUAACCAAAGACUUACGGAAACGGCUGAGAUAGAUGUUUGUGACAACUCUAGCUAUGUUGAAUUUCUUGAGAUUAUCAGCAUGCUGCCUUGCAUAUGACAUUUGCUUCUCUAAAUCAGCGUUACUUCAGUCAUUUGCUUUUCCAACUACUUCUGACAAUAGUAUAAGCUAUACAUACACUGAUGAAAUGCGUAAGCAUUAGGCAGGUUUAAAUAAAUUGCCUCUUAAUUGUAUUAUUUGUUUGACCCACACGGUUUUUCUGAAACAAAUUAUAUACAGUAUUCUUUUCCAAAGCAAUUAAUAUACCCUAUAUGUUUAGUUUUUAUCAUAAAAGUGUUAUUUGUUAUAUUUCAUACAUAAAUUUGUAACAAAUACGCCUGGAUAUUUUGUUUAUGUAUAUGUUAAUGUUGCCUUUAUAGAUUACAUUUAAACAAAAUGUUCCAAUCU